AUGUCAGUUUUAUAUGAUUUCACCGGAAAGGUAGCUCUGAUAACUGGUUCGAGUUCGGGUAUCGGUGCCGGCAUUGCUAUACUGUUUGCCAAAUCGGGUGCCAAUGUUGUAGUUACCGGUCGUAAUGCCGAUGGUGUGGCUAAUGUGGCCAAACAGUGUACAGAUGUGUCACCGAAACAGUUGACUGCACUGGAAGUUGUCGGCGAUCUGACUAACGAUGAGGACUGCAAUCGUCUAAUUGAUACGACUGUCCAAACGUUUGGCAAAAUUGAUAUAUUGGUCAACAAUGCCGGCAUUAUUGAGAUGACCGCUAUUACUGAAAGCAAUUAUAUGGAAAUAUUUUCAUUAACAAUGAAAACAAACUUGUAUUCAGUGGUAUAUCUAACACACAAAUGUGUGCCAUAUUUGGCCAAAACUCGGGGCAAUAUUAUCAAUAUAUCGGGUAUUGGAUCUAAACGAACGUUUGCAAACAUAUCACCGGAUUGUAUAUCUAAAGCCGCGGUCAAUAUGUUUACCCAAUGUAUGGCCGCAGAGUUGGGACCCAAACAUCAUAUCAGAGUCAAUGCAAUACUACCGGGUGCUAUAAUGCCUGACCCGACUGUACGGCUUAGGCCAAUACCCGAUCAGGAACGACACGUUUUUGAAGCCUUCGACGCCAAAUAUCCGGUCGGUAGAGUUGGCCGGGGUCUGGACAUUGCCAAUUGUGUUGCCUAUUUGGCCAGUGAUACGGCGGCCGGGUUUCUGACCGGCAGUCUUGCUGUGGCCGACGGCGGACAUCUGGCGGCUAAUGUUUCGAUAGAUUAA